AGCCGCCGCCUCAGCCGCCAUCGCCGCCGCACUAUGGCUUCCGGAGUAUCAGUGAAUGAUGAAGUCAUCAAGGUUUUUAAUGACAUGAAAGUAAGGAAAUCUUCUACACCGGAGGAGAUCAAAAAGAGAAAGAAAGCGGUUCUCUUCUGUUUAAGUGAUGACAAAAAACAAAUAAUUGUAGAGGAAGCAAAGCAGAUCUUGGUGGGUGACAUUGGUGAUACGGUAGAGGACCCCUACACAUCCUUUGUGAAGUUGCUACCUCUGAAUGAUUGCCGAUAUGCUUUGUAUGAUGCCACAUACGAGACAAAAGAGUCUAAGAAAGAAGACCUAGUAUUUAUAUUCUGGGCUCCUGAAAGCGCUCCUUUAAAAAGCAAGAUGAUUUAUGCUAGCUCUAAAGAUGCCAUUAAAAAGAAAUUUACAGGUAUUAAACACGAGUGGCAGGUAAACGGGCUGGACGACAUUAAGGACCGUUCAACGCUCGGCGAGAAACUGGGAGGCAACGUUGUAGUUUCACUUGAAGGAAAACCCUUAUAAAAUGACAGUCAAGUGCCAUCCAGAUCGAAGGAGCUUCCGUUUCUGCGGCUCUCAGUUGGAAUAGAAUUAGGUUUUGCUGCCCUCCCUCCCCUUCUCCCCCAGUCCCUGAUCCACCCCCAACCCAGUUUCCACCCCCCUCCCGAAACACAUGAAGGAGAUGUCAUUUAUUUAAGCAACCUACCAGUGAUUGCCAUUAGACUGUUUCAUCCUGGUAGUUUUAUGUAGAACCCAAGGAAUGCCUUCACGUCAUACUUUUAGCCAAAACAACGGUGUCGUGUGCAUCCCUUGCAGCACAUAAUGGUGAAUGUGAUAGUCAAUGUGAAUAGUUUAGAAAACUGCAAAGGGUAAGCUAUUUGAAUGCCUUGAAAGUAUUAUCCACUGGUCAAAUGGUAGACUUUAUUCAGUAUUACAGUUGCACUUGAUUACAAUCCCGUGAGGCUCUUGUGCAUUCAUAUACACCUCACCUGCCUUGACAAGCCUUUUUCGUGACAUGGCAGCACAUAUAUAACACUAUGCAUUAAAAGCACUUUUUUGUAACAAGUUCUCCCCCCCCGCCAUCGACAGGGAAUGCCAAUUAAGUUGCUGUAACCGUGUCAUCAGAUCGUAGUACCUCAGUGUUCAUUACUGUUACAUGAAUAUCUGACUAAAUGAAGUAGCUGUUGAUGGUGCCUGUUUGUUUUUCAUUGAAUGUACACACUACUGAACGGGAGUAGAAGCUCUGUGUUUACCAUGUGAAGUCUUGCAACACUAAAGAUAUUUUGAAUCAUAACAAUCAUGGUGGCAAUUUCUGUAUAAAAAGAACCUUAAAUGGAAAAUUGUUUUUGAGAUAAAAAGAAAAAAGAACACUACCACUGGCCACGUUGCAAUAAAACUUGUGGCUUAUUACGGGACGUGGCUUUGUUUUCCUUGGAAAUGUAACUUAAAGUGUGUCUGGACGAAACGUAUUUUGAAAAAUGUAGCAUGGAAAGUAUUGUAAAGGUAAGCAAUCAUUAUUCAUCUUGGGCAAGGUAAGGUUUUUCUAGACAGUGGUCAUGCUCAAAAAAGACUUCCAGUACAAUAUUUGUUCAGCUUCCGAUAGUUGGUUAAAGAAUCUUUUUUGUAGCCUGUAGCCCUUAACUUGGCAACUACAACUGUUGGGUAGCAGUAGUCUUUUAAAAUUGGAAGGUCAGCUUGUUGCUUUCGAAUUAAACCAUAAUUUUUCCUACUUGGCACACCUUAGCCUCAAUAGGUUCGAACAUUGCUGCAUUUUUUUUUAAAAGAAGGUCACAUUUCCAGGUAAUCACAGUGAUAGUAACCUAAAUCUUCCUUUGUUUUGAAGGGGGAAAGGCUCACAAAGUGGCCAUUUCCAUUAAGGCUAGUAAUGAAGGAAUACUGAAACUCUAGAGUAUGCUAUUAUUUUUCGCAAAUAGAACUGAAAAGAUUUUGAUAUUCUUCAGUCUUACAUUAGGGACAGGAUUUGGCUGAGACCCAAAGACUACUCUCCUUAUAGAGAAUUUGAUCUGCUCAGUGUGAGCGGUUCGCCGUUAGCCAGUGCUAUUUAUGGCAAACACAUGCUUUUGUAUCUUGUCAUAGUUCUCCACAAAUGGCAAAACUGGACAUGAUUCUCCUGGUAUGCAGAAGAAGCAUGCCAGUAAGCAGCCGAUCACAGCCCAGAACAUAUGUGCAGCCGUCAAAAGUGCUUUUGCCACAAGUCAUGAACUGAAACAUCAACUUUUUUGACUGUCACCACCCCGUGGGAGUAAAACCGUGUAUACUCGAGUUGGUUGCAAUUAGACUCCUAAUUUUCCAUCUCUAGGAAUAUUUCAGAAAUGCAAUUAAUUUCCAGACGUCGUCAUCCAUUUUAAAUUGUAUGAAUGACUUGGGAGCUUAUGCACUGAGAGAUUUUAUUUCAGGCCUCCAGCUGUCCCUGUGAAUUACCGUGGUCAUUUUGAUGGCUUUUUGGUAAGGCCAGACUACUCAGUAAAGCAUGUGUGUACUGACAUAACCGAACAUGUGCGUUACUGAUAUUUGGACGGUGGAAUCUUCCUUUCAGGAAUUAUUUUGUGUUUCCUUCUAUCUUGAAAUGAGGUGAGGAGCAACAUUUCUCUUCCUCCCGCUUCCUCAGCUCGUCCAUUAUAUAUUAAUCCUGGACCUGGCUGAUUCAGAAGCUCACAUUUUGCACUGUCCUGGGACUUUUUUAUUCGAAACAAAACUUGGGUUUAAAAGUUAAUUUAUUUCCUUUGGAAAGAAUAUCCCUUGGUCGCAUAAAGAUGAAAGGAUAAAAUCUACUAAUUCAGAUGUAAUUUCAGCCUGACUUUGGUGGUGACAGAUUUGUUUCUUUAUCUUCACCAAUGAUAAAAUGUCGCAGUUACCUGUAAAAAGAAUUUGGACCGACUUUAACAGGAUAUUGAGGAUGAUGUUUUACAGCUAGCUUGCAUACAUGUGUUUUUCAAAUAAAACAUAAAAUGUAAAACA